AUCAUCUAAUGUGGCCAGUUGGAUUCGGAGCGUGGGUUCCAAGCCGAGCCGGUACGUGGUCAACAACGAUCUCUCAUUCCAUCCACUUGCAGCUGCUAGAGUGCGAAACCGGAGAGCAUAUUCCUGUGUAGAUAGAGUACCUUGCUUUAGAUGAUACAGCUGCUCUCCAGCGGCUACUUCCCCAUCAGAACGUCCAAACACCUCUUUGAAAUACUCCGUGAAGGUAGUGAUGGAAUUCAUGACCGGCCCGGCUUGGUUCCAGAUCGUCUCAGCCCAUUUAAGUGCAGGUCCAGAGAGUAGAGAUACGAUGUAGGCGAUCUUCGACUUAUCUGUGGGAUAUAGAGAAGGUUGCAUUUCGAAUAUGAGGGAACAUUGUAACAGAAAACCAUUGCACUCCCCCGCUCCGCCUGAGUAGGGCGCUGGUCGGGCCAUGGGACUGGAAGGAAGGGCCGAAGAAGAAACUGUGGAGGCGGAAGUGCUCGGUGCUGGUGGUGCGUUGGAAAGUGGAGCUGGUGGCUGUAGAAUCCGCUUCAACUGGUCCACCAGCUCUUGAAGGUGAUCGGGGGUGCUCAUGUUGUCGUCGUUAAUGGUCCGGGCUUCUGUUAUGAAGCGGACAGGAGACAGAGGUAAGGAAACGUUAGGGUGUUUAUUAAAUGACAACAAGGAGCACAUGAAGGAUAGCCAGGAGGAUCAGGAAUGAUGUUGGGGUCUUUUCCUCCGUGGCUGGGUAACAGGAAUACACGAGGAUGGACAGCACACACCAGAUACAGCUGACAGAGGAUGACACAGACUUGGAAGGACUGGAAGACAGGACGAUUCGGGAGGACCAGGAAGACUAGGAGGAAUACAAAGAGAACAGUGUGGGAAUGCACAGAGAAUUGCUGUCUGCCAGAGGGGAUGACCAACCAUGAUGACUUCUGCAUUGUCUUGGAGGAUGAUCCAUCUGCAUAUGGGGAUCAAACACACUGAUAAUGUGUGAGCAGUGUGAGCAGUGUGGACGAAGAUAUGCAAAUACAGGCAGAUAUAGUAAUUCAGUUCGAGCGCAGUGUGGUGAACGGGACGGUCGUGGAGAGGAUCCUUGUCGAUGAUGCACAUUUAAAGGGACAUCAACCUGUUGCCAGACCCAUUCAAGAUGACGUCCUGAAGGCGAUGGUGGAGAAUAGUCACAAAACAGCAAGUUAUGCCACAUACAUACGCCUGAGAGAAUGCAAAUUUCGAGGAUAUCAAAUCCUGCAACUGUCCGACCGGUUUCAGCUCAAUGGCAGAGAUUAUCUGAUAUUAGAUCCACAAACUGAUUCUUGGACUAUGCUGAUGCCAGAGCUGCAUGAUCUAAAGCAGCCAUCAAUGCCCGAGGCAGAAUCUGCGAGUCUGGAGAAAAUUCACCUGAAAGACGAAUGUGAAGAAUUGAUCAAGAAGAUGAACGACACUCAAAAUCAAGAGGGUUUUGAUGUGUUACGAGUGAUUGCUCCAGUUCUUUCCACGUUUUUCUUCGUUGGAUUCGUCUUUAUAAGCUUUCUUAUCUUCAAGCGACAUGGUCAACAUCCAGGAGGUGUUUUAGGGUCAAUUGUCCACUAUCCACCUCUUCGUGAAGUGCCUUUGGACGGACAGAGUCAAAAGAACAUUGAUCAAGUUCCUGUGCUGAAGUGUCCACAUUAACAGUUGUCUAACCAGCCCAACCACCUUACUCCAAAAAGAGUUCGGUCUUUCUCCUGAACGCACAAGUCUUAAAGAGGUAGUUAAAUUGAAGAUUCUGUCAUCAUUUAACCAUCUUGUUACAAAACCCAAAGCUUAUUUCUUCUGUUAAACACAAAAGAAGAUAGACUGAAGAAUGUUGGCGGGAAAUAAAAACUGCCAUUGACUUCCAUAGUAUUUUUUUUGUUCCUACUAUGGAUCUUAAUGGCUGCUUUUCCCCACAGUCUUCAGAAUAACUUGUUUUGUGUUCAACAGAAAAAAGUUUAGAAUCGCUUGAGUGAGAUUAAAAGGUGAGGAUAUUUUCAUUUUGGGUGAACUAUCACUUUGAGGACAAUUUGCAUUCUACACAGAUGACAACUUUCAUCAGAUUAUACUGUCACGUUUUGCUGCUCAUAAACUCACCAAAUGACAAAAAACAAACAAGCACAAACUAGGAGCAAUACACUGAUUUAAUACACUGUAAAACAAUACACUGUAAUGCAUGUUAUUACUGGUUGGCAUCUGUUAGUUAAUUGUAAAUUAGCCUUUUAUAAUGCAUGUGAAAGUAAUUAAAUUCUUCCAGUAUACAUAGUUUUUGUAAAUAAAUAUCCAGAGUUUAUGUAAAUGUAUUUACUUAAUUAUCUUAAACUAAAGUUAUUGAAAUAAUUGUGAUGAUAUAUUAUUCAGAUAAUGUUGUGGAAUGUUCUUGCACUGAGUUUCACAGUAAUUUCUGCGCCUAAUUUGAGCUGUUACUGUAUAUUGUGUGUUGUUGGUGCUUUACCCUUUCCUUUUGUAAGUUAUUUCCCCACUCUGUUAAAAAUGUUGUGCUUUUUCCAAGAAAUGUGUAAAAUAGCUUUGUUGCUGUAUCUGACACUCAUGCAAAAACACCAAUAGCAAUUAAGCAAAUCCAAUUUCCCCCCCCCCCAAGUGUCUUUCAUUAUUAUUUAUUGUAAUUUUC